UAGUUUCUUCAUUAUUCAAGAAAGAUGCCUCGAAUCUAGGGUUUCCAGUUCUCACAUGUCGCUCCAUUAUUUAUUUUCAUUAUUAUCAUUAUUUCUCUUCACACAGUUGUAGCUCUAGCUAGGGUUCGCAUUCAUUCUUGACCUUGGAGACUGGAUCACAUUAUGGUCCCCCCAUGGCUAUUGUACCGCACUAAUCUUCAGUGAUGUUCAUUGGAGAAUCUGAAAGUAGUGUACUAUAUCUUCUUUUCAACCCAAAACCGCUCUUCUAGUUCCUUCUCAAGAGAUUUCGUCUACUGAGUUCUCUCUCUCUAGCUAGCAGCAGAACGGCUUCAUACAUGUCUCUUCCACCACCUCCUGAAGACCCCAACAACCCCAACCCAAUAGAAUCUGGAACCGACCCAAAUCUUUCCCUAGAAUCGCUUGAUGAUUUGUGGUCACAAAUUCUACAAGAAACCACAACCAGCAACAAUGAGGGUCCAAGUGCAAGCAUCUUUAUCAAUCAGCAAGACCCGUAUUUAUCACAAACUGAUCGAUAUCCAAGCUUUCCUGAGAGUGACAGUUUAUCGAGCCCACCAGAGAUUCCUGGCGGCACAUUGCAGAAGAUUGCUAUCCCCCGAGAAUGCAGCACAUCUUCAUCUUCAGCAGCUGCUAAUAUAGAAAGGGACAAUGAUAUGAACAACGAGUUAAUGCUUGAGUUGGCCAAGUCAAGAGACUUAGGAGUGGCCUGAGGCAGCAAAUCAGUCAUGAGCUGCGAGACUGAGAUGGAGAUGGAGAUGACCAGAGAGAAGAAAAAGGAAGAUCACAAUGCCAAGGAAAGAGUGAGGAGGAUGAAUCUUAAUGCCUGCUACAUGGCACUAGCUAAUAUGCUCCCUCCUCCUUCAUCCAAGAAGAGACAGGGUGCACCGGCUAUAAUUGAUGAGGUACUUGAGUACAUUCCAGAGAUCAAGAAGGAAAUCGAGGAGCUAACACUCCAGAAGGAAAGUAUGUUAUCUGCGAUUGAUCCAAACAAGCAAUCAGUUCUCAACAAUAGCUCUCACACAUCAUCGGAAAGUAACGAAGGUCGUCCGACUCUUUCAGUGCAUGAAAUCGCUAAAGGUGAACUCGUCCUUCAGAUAUGUACAAAGAGGGACCAGAAACAUGAGCUUUCCAAUCUUUUGUGGAAUUUAGAAGCCGAAGGCAUUAGCAUUUUGAAUGCCUCUACUGUUGAAGUUCCGCAUGAUCGAGUCUGCUUCCAUAUACACGUCCAGAUGAAUGCAAGUUCAUAUGGAUCUGAUUAUAUCCCAGUGUUCAAAGACAAGAUAACUUUCUGGUUACUUCGUGAUUCUUGAUUCGGGUCUAUGCCGUUGGGUGCUGGAUAAUGGCGGUGCUGAUCUUCAGACUGACCAAAGCUUGGAAAUUUGAUCCUCUGCAUCGGAAGUUUUACCAUUUUUUAUUCUUUCACAUUAACAGGUCAAACAUCUAGCAAGAUGCGGUAAGUUUCUUCCGUAUAAAUAUCUUGCAAUUUUGCUUU